AUGGCCCAAGUCAAUAGGGAUCUAUUCUAUACACUGGCAUCGGAUCUUUCCGAAGAACGAUUACAAGCGACAAUUGCGCUUGUGACAGAGCUGUCCCAGCUGCCCCAGGAGUCUCGCGAGUGGCAGUAUGUUCUCAACAGACUUAUUAAGGGUCUUUCUUCCAACAGAAAUGGUGCGAGACUCGGUUUUAGUCUUUGUUUGACGGAAGUGGUGUUCUCGGCUCUUCAGAAGGGAGUGCUGGCCGAUAUAGAUCAGUACGUGACGAUGCUUAUGUCUGCAUUGUCAAAGGAGUCUGUGAAAAAUGGCAAAGAAGAGCGGGGUCUUCUGUUCGGCAAGCUAUUUGGUCUCCAGGUUUUGCUCAAUGAACCGUUGUUUUCACACAUUUUCAUGAUUAACGCAGAAAGCGAAGGUCAAGCAAACGUAAACCUCAACUUUACGUUGAAAUUUGCGGACGCUUUAGUCGAUGUGGCCACAGCUAAGACCUGGAUCCGAGAGUCUGCGCUGUACACGUUGUAUCAGGCAGUUGAGAAGCUGGCCCCUUUGCUGCAUUCUUCGGACCACAUUGACGCCAUUUUCAAGCUUUUAGAUUCUAGACAUCUAACUUUGACCAGCGAAGGAUUGGCUAUAUAUCUAUUACUAUUGCAUGCCAAUCCACUCGCAGGAAAAGCUAGCGUUUCCUCCUCGCUGGCUUUGAACUCGCCUUGGAAAAACAACGACCCAUUGAUGCGGGGUAACUUGCCACUGAUAGCAAACGCUUUGAAGGAGGCAGCCUCUUCGAACGACUCUUCUUUAAAACAAAAAGGGAUUUGGGCUCCUAGGCUACAUUUCGUGUGGGAUAUAAUUCUCACUUGCCUCUUGGAUGAAAACAGCGUUCACAUCGAAGCCUCAGAGCCCCCAAGCAAGAAGCGUAAAUCGAGCGGAGACGGCAGAAAGCAAAGCAUCCGAUUCCCUGAGUUUUGGAAAGCUGUAGUGGAUGAUUCUUUUUUCAAUGAGAAAUCCUCCAGCGAGCGAAAAUAUUUGGGCUUUUUGGUUUUUGACAGGGCUCUCCAACUCUCUAGUGCUUCUAAUAUUGUGCACAUGUUUUCUACCAACUUUAUGAGAUGUCUCAUAAAUCAAUGUGGAAGCACCGAGCGAAAUUUGCAUCGAAUUUCACAGAAAUCGCUAGCUUCUUUGCUAAACAUAUGCCAGGAGCAGCCGGAAAAGACAAGUGCUUGUUUCGAAACAAUUGCUUUUGGUGAAAAUGGUUCUGUGAGCUUCGAUCAGUUGACAAAAUCUAAAACUAUAAGUGCUUUAUUGGCUAACAAAUCUUUGAAGGCAGAGCACUUGACCAAAAUCGUCGAAAUCUUCAGAGCGCACUUGAUAGAAAACUCGACAAAUCCCGCAGCGGUAAGAUACACGAUAGAUGGACUCCUCCACUUAGUUAGGGCUCAUAAAUCACAAGCAGAUAAAGACUGGGUAAAGCCUUGCUUUGAUGUACUCGUUCAAUUUGGUUUCUUUAAAAACCAAAAUGCGGUAGAGGAUGAUCAAAAGGACCAGAAGCUCCAAGCUAUGGCACCAGCGGCUGUCGAAAGGCUUUACUCGAUUCUUGCCGACCUCUUAUCUGUGGAACAAGGAGAGAGCCUCGUUUGUUGGCCAUAUGUGGCAUUAAAGAAGAUUAUUCGCGGGCAAAAAAGACAAGCUCUCAAGCACCCUAUCGGACAAGAACUAAAAGAAAUUAUUGAUGAAUCUGUAGUGGAGCUUGAAGAUGUCUCUAAACGUUUGUCCGCAAAUCGAGCAAAUUCCCAACUAUAUGGCUUGCAAUUACUCUUCGCCGUGAACAUUAUAGAAGCUUUUGCCGGAGAAACUGACUCUAUUUCAGUUCUGCAAGACCUAAUUUCCUUCUCCAAAUCCUACAGCGAAGACGACAACACCGAAUCUUACGCAGGCUUUAUUGAAAUAUUGCUUUCACUGGCAGCACAAAAAAAGGCUCUACUGAGAAAAUCUAGUCUGAUCAUUUGGGAGUCUUUCGCCGGCCAAGUAUCCGUCAGCGAUCUUUCCGUCUUGUUAGAGAUCCUGUCCGCUAGAGAAAAUAAGGAAGGAUUCGCAAAUCUUUUUGAAGGCGCUAGUGAGGACGAAGAAGGAGAUGAGGAAGAAGAGCAAGACGAAGAGCAAGUUGAAGAGCAAGACGAAGAGCAGGACGAAGAGCAGGACGAAGAGCAAGAAGACGAAAGCUUCAGCGAAGAUGAUGAUUUGGAUGAAGAAGAAGGAGACAAUGAUGUAGAUAAUAAAUUGCCCGGUGAUGAUAUGAGCGGCUCUGAUGACGCGGAUUACUCAGAUAAUGGCAUAGAACGAAUCGAUAAAGAAGCCACUAGUGCUCUCGCUAAGGCAUUAAAACUUCCGGACUCGAUGGUUGAUGAUAGGGGUGAAGUUCACUUCAGUGAUUCAGAUGAAGGCAGUGAAAGUGACGAAGAUUUAGACGAUGAAAAGAUGAUGGAACUGGAUGGCCAACUUUCAGAAAUUUUUAAACGUAGAAAAGAGGCGUUAGCUGUUAUACCGACGGGCAACAAGAGAAAGAAGGAGGUGAAAGAAUCGCGACAAGAUGUAAUAGCGUUCAAACAUAAGGUUGUUGAUAUGCUAGAAGUGUUUGUGCGGUGGGCAGAGGUAGAAGCGAAAAAGGGUGGAGAAGCACAGGCUUCUACUCUCAAGAAAAUUCUAAAUAUAAUCUUACCUUUAGUGGAUUGUAUUAGAAUUACUUUGGAUAGAUCGCUAGCGGAAAAGGCUGCCAAGCUCGUCAAAAACAAAAUCAGUAAAUUCAAGGUUUCGGGCCUCAAUCUACCAGAAGCAGGUGAUCAAGAGCUGAUCACAUCUUUGAUCAUAGACUUGCAGGAUGCUAUGAUUUUGAAAAAGCCUGGUCAGUAUCCGAAUCUUCUCUAUUCUGUGUCAUCAAGUGCUUCAAUAUUUUUGUCCAAAUUACUGAUAGAGGUAAGUCCAACAGACGAUACGUUCAUCGUAUUGAUGGAAAUAUAUCACAAGACUUCAAAAAAUUGGUUUUUGAAAGGCAAGUUUGGGGUCAACAUGUUUAUUGAAUUUCUCAAUUGGUUAUCAGUAAAAAAGGUUCAGCAACAACAGCAAUAG